GAUGAGCGAGGAGACGGCGACUUCUGACAACGAUAAUAGUUAUGCACGAGUGCGAGCUGUGGUGAUGACCCGGGAUGACUCAAGUGGUGGAUGGUUACCACUUGGAGGGAGUGGACUAAGCUGCGUCACUGUCUUCAAAGUCCCUCACCAGGAAGAGAAUGGCUGUGCUGACUUUUUUAUCCGUGGAGAGCGACUCAGGGACAAAAUGGUGGUUUUGGAAUGUAUGCUUAAAAAAGACCUUAUUUACAAUAAGGUCACUCCAACAUUUCACCACUGGAAGAUUGAUGACAAGAAAUUUGGCCUUACCUUUCAAAGUCCUGCUGAUGCUAGGGCUUUUGAUAGAGGCAUUCGGAGAGCUAUAGAGGAUAUUUCUCAAGGAUGCCCAUCAUUUAAAAAUGAAGCUGAAGGAACAGAAGACAAUUUACAAGCAGCUGAAGAAGAUACUUCCAGUUCUCUAGUGAAAGAUCAUCUUUUCCAUCAAGAUACCGUGGUUACCAGUGAGCCUUACAGAAGCUCAAGACCUUCUCCCUUUGAAGGUCUAAAUGCCAGAAGUGUCUACCUGCGAAGCCAAGCCAAUCAGAUAAUGUUCAGUCAUCCAGGCCUAGACAUUCAGGACAGAAGUCUAGAAUAUGGACAGCGGCAAAUGCCCAAGGAAAGUGGAGGCCUGAAGUCCCAAAAUAAGGUCCCUUUGAAAUCAAUUCGACAUGUCAGCUUUCAAGAUGAGGAUGAGAUUGUCAGAAUAAACCCUCGCGAUAUCUUAAUACGCCGCUAUGCAGACUAUAGACAUCCCGACAUGUGGAAAAAUGACCUGGAGAGAGAUGAUACUGACUCCAGUGUUCAGUUUUCUAAACCAGACAGUAAAAAAUCAGACUAUCUGUACUCUUGUGGGGAUGAAACUAAGUUAAGUUCACUCAAAGAUUCUGUGGUAUUUAAGACACAGCCUUCCUCAUUAAAAUUUAAGAAGUCAAAACGAAGAAAAGAAGAUGGUGAACGUUCUCGCUGCGUAUACUGCCAGGAAAGGUUUAAUCAUGAAGAAAAUGGCAGGGGAAAAUGUCAAGAUGCUCCAGACCCUAUUAAGAGAUGCAUAUAUCAAGUUAGUUGCAUGCUCUGUGCAGAGAGCAUGUUGUAUCAUUGUAUGUCAGACUCAGAGGGAGAUUUCUCUGACCCCUGUUCAUGUGACACUAGCGAUGACAAGUUCUGCUUACGAUGGUUAGCCCUAGUAGCUUUGUCUUUCAUUGUACCAUGUAUGUGCUGCUACGUCCCUUUGAGAAUGUGCCAUCGUUGUGGUGAGGCAUGUGGGUGCUGUGGUGGGAAACAUAAAGCUGCUGGAUGAAAGCAUCCAGUGAUGAAAUGAGCUUAAAAUCUUUGUGUCCAGGAAUUAGCUAACUUGGAUUUGUGGAAGCUUUUGGCAAGCAUUCUGCAGUCUUGCCUGGUAUCCUUGGGGCCACACGUGGAGGAAGCAGAACUCAUCGGUUCUUGGCGUUUCACAAAUGCUCGCCAUGCCUUUUUCCCUGGAGUGCAUGGCAUGUUUUGUUAUAGGUUGUCAAGAAUAUUUGCAAAAGGAAACCAUUUCUGGUUAUUGGCAAUAUAAAGUGAACAUAAAAUAUGAUCCAACUAAAAGGGAUUAAAUUUUUUUGGCAUUUUUGUAUAUUUAUGCAUUAGGUGAUGGGACCUUUAAAGGUUUGAAUUCAUUAAGAUAUAAACUAAAAGUGCACUAGGGGACAGUUGGAUUUCAAUCUAAGAAAAGUUAACACUUGGGAAUUGUAAGAAGUAAAACAA